AUUUUUAAAGUGGUCGGAAAGAAAUUUGAAGGGUUAAAAGUGAUAAGCUUCUUUGGUCCACAUUUAUGGCUAAAUGAACUAAUUGAACACAUGAAAGCUUUCUCAAAACCGUAGACAAAGUGAGAGAAGCCAAGUCAGGUCUUGGUAUUCAAAGUUUUCAUUUUUCCCUUUUUCAUAUCCAAAAAUACAUUCUUUCUUUUUUAUUUCUUUUCUUAGUUUUGAAAGAUCUGGUAGGUGGUGGAUAGAUGGGGAGGUUAUUUGUGGUGAACCUUGAAGGGAAAGUUUAUAGCUGCAAGCACUGCAAAAUCCAUCUUGCUCUUGUUGAUGAUAUUCUUUCCAAGUCCUUCCAGUCCAGGCAUGGAAAAGCAUAUCUCUUCAGUAAGGUGGUGAAUGUUUCUGUCGGGGAAAAAGAAGAUAGACUGAUGAUUACAGGGUUGCACACUGUAGCAGAUAUCUUCUGCAUUGGGUGUGGAUCAAUUGUGGGAUGGAAAUAUGAAUUUGCCCAUGAGAAGAGCCAGAAGUACAAAGAAGGAAAAUCCGUACUUGAACGGUUUAAGGUGUCUGGUCCUGAUGGAAGCCAUUAUUGGGUUAGCCAUGAAACACAUGUUGGUGGAAGUGAUGCAGAUGAUGUUUGAUUAAAUAAUCAAAAAUGCUGGUCAAAUUCCAAUUGUACAUUCUUUAGUCCCUUGAAUCUCUCAUUCAACUCAUCUGAAUUCUUAAAAAACUGGGCUAUUUCUUAUUCAAGCAGCUUGUUCGACUUGCUGUUAUAAGACAUUUGAUUGGAAAAUUUGAAUUCCUGAUUCUGAUUUAGUUAAUGUCAAAACUGGACUGAAGAUAUCAUGUUUCAAUUUGCAAAA